AGGAGACCUCCAAGUCACCCUAGCUCCGUGGAGUGUGCCCUCCAGGCCUCUCUCAGGCUCACGAUGGCAUCUGCAGCUAUUCCGGGGAUGCCCGCCAUAUUCCGUGAUGUAUUCAUGUAUCAAGGAUUCUUUCCUUCACAGACUCACCAUUGACUGACCACUGUGUAGCAGACACAAUUCUAGGUGCUUGGGAGAUAGUGGUGAACCAGAGACCAGAAACCCCUGCUUUGAUGGUACUUACAUUGUCAUGGGCCAGAUAAAAUACAAGGAUGGAGACAUGUAUUUGGGCAUUAUCAGUUUCUUAAAAAAAACUGUUAGAAGAAAACUUGAAAUGAGCGACAAAAAUCGAUGAAAAUAAACUAAUAGCAAGAAUAAUAAAAGGAACUGACAUAAAAGUAAAAGUCCAACUUUCCCAAGUGAAAUGAAAUCUGGGAAAUAGCCUGCACUUGAAGGCUUUCUAACUUCCUGGAGAGAAGAGGAAAUGACCGAGUCCCAGGGAACAGUGACAUUCAAAGAUGUGGCUAUUGACUUCUCCCAGGAAGAAUGGAAGCAACUGGAUCCCAGUCAGAGGAAUCUGUACCGGAAUGUGAUGCUGGAAAACUAUAACAACUUACUCACAGUGGGCUGUCCAUUCAUCAAACCUGAUGUGAUUUUCAAGUUGGAGCAAGAAGAAGAGCCAUGGGUGGUGGAGGAGGAAACACUAAGUAGACACUGUCCAGGAGAAAUAUGGGGAAUUGACGAGCAUCAGAAAAACCAGGACAGACUUCUGAGACAAGUUUUGAAGAAAACACUGGCUGAAGAAAAAGCUGAUGAAUGUCAUAAGAAAUUGGCAGAUGUAUUUCCUUUGAACUCAGGUUUUAUUUCUUCCAGACACAAACUCUACAAAUAUGACUUAUUUGGAAAGUGUUUAGAACAUAAUUUCUAUUGUCAUGAUAAUGUGAAAUGCCUUUUAAGAAAGGAACAUUGUGAAUAUAAUGAAGCUGUGAAAACAUAUGGUUAUAAUUCAUCGCAUCUUGUAGUAUCCCCCUUUAAGUGUAAUCAUUGUGGAAAAGGUUUUGAUCAAACAUUGGAACUCAUCAGACACCUAAGAAUUCAUAACAGAGAGACUCUUUAUGAAUGUAAGAAAUGUAGGAAAACCUUCAGCCACAAGGAAAAACUCAUUGCGCAUCAUAAAAUCCACAAUGGGGAGCUUUCUUUUGAAUGUAAUGAAUGCGGAAAAGUUUUCAUUAAAAUGUCAAAUCUCAUUAGACAUCGAAGAAUUCAUACUGGAGAGAAACCCUACACAUGUAAGGAAUGUGGAAAAUCCUUCGGCCAGAAGUCAAACCUCAUUGAUCAUGAAAAAAUUCAUACUGGAGAGAAGCCUUAUGAAUGUCAUGAGUGUGGUAAAGCCUUCAGCCAGAAGCAAAGCCUCAUUGCACAUGAGAAAGUUCAUACUGGGGAGAAACCGUAUGCAUGCAGUGAAUGUGGUAAAGCCUUCCCUCGAAUUGCAGCCCUUGCUCUUCAUAUGAGAAGUCAUACAGGAGAAAAACCUUAUAAGUGUGAUAAAUGUUGGAAAUCCUUCUCUCAGUUUUCCAUGCUUAUUAUACAUGUAAGAAUUCAUACAGGCGAGAAACCUUAUGAAUGUAGUGAAUGUGGAAAAGCCUUCUCUCAAAGUUCUGCCCUUACAGUACACAUGAGAAGUCACACUGGUGAGAAACCCUAUGAAUGUAAGGAAUGUAAAAAAGCUUUCAGCCACAAGAAGAACUUCAUUACACACCAAAAAAUUCACACUAGAGAGAAACCUUAUGAAUGCAGCGAAUGUGGGAAAGCUUUCAUUCAGAUGUCAAACCUUGUUAGACACCAUAGGAUUCAUACUGGAGAAAAACCCUAUAUAUGUAAGGAAUGUAGCAAAGCAUUUAGCCAGAAAUCAAAUCUCAUUGCUCACGAAAAAAUUCAUUCUGGAGAGAAACCCUAUGAAUGUAACGAAUGCGGUAAAGCCUUCAGCCAAAAGCAAAACUUUAUUACACAUCAGAAAGUUCAUACUGGAGAGAAACCCUAUGACUGUAAUAAAUGUGGGAAAGCCUUCUCCCAAAUUGCAUCCCUUACACUUCAUUUGAGAAGUCAUACAGGGGAAAAGCCUUAUGAAUGUGACAAAUGUGGGAAAGCCUUCUCUCAGUGCUCAUUGCUUAAUUUACACAUGAGAAGUCAUACAGGGGAGAAGCCUUAUGUAUGUAAGGAAUGUGGAAAAGCCUUCUCUCAACGAACUUCCCUCAUUGUGCAUAUGAGAGGCCACACAGGUGAGAAACCCUAUGAAUGUAAUAAAUGCGGUAAAGCCUUCUCUCAAAGCUCUUCCCUUACUAUACAUAUACGGGGUCACACAGGUGAGAAACCCUUUGACUGCAGUAAAUGUGGAAAAGCCUUCUCUCAGAUUUCAUCCCUUACUCUUCAUAUGAGAAAACAUACAGGUGAGAAACCCUAUCAUUGUAUUGAGUGUGGCAAAGCUUUUAGUCAAAAGUCACACCUUGUGAGACACCAGAGAAUUCAUACUCAUUAGAAGCCCUAUGAGUACUGUAAAAAUGGGGACGCCUUCAGAAGGAUUUAACAUCUCAUUGCACAUUACACAGUAGGUUCUCAAGUAGAAAACUGAGUUUGGGAAAGUCUUGUGAAAAAGUCACAAAUUUAUGACACACUAGCUAAGUCUUGCCAAAAUGGCAGUGUUCAAUGAGAAAGCUGAUCAAAAUCCUUCAGCAGACAUAAGAAACAAUUAGCACUCUCAUUAAAGUUGGAAACCAGAUACCUAGCCAAUGUAUUAGGCAAGAAAAAGACGGGGGGGGAAAAGUACAAAAUGACCUUUUAUUAGAGAAAUAGUUAAAUAGAAAUGUGUUGCUAAAAAUAAUAAUAAACAGAAUUAUGAGAUUUCAAUAUA